AUGUCUCCUCACAAACUAGAUGCUCCAAGCAUCAAGAUUGCCAUCGAUCGCGGUGGUACUUUCACCGACUGUCUAGGAAUUGUGGAUGGUCACGAUGAGGAGAUCGUCGUCAAAUUGCUCUCGCAGGAUCCAGCCAACUACGCCGAUGCUCCAAUUGAGGGUAUUCGACGAAUUCUGGAGCAAGCCACAGGCAAGACGUUCCCUCGGGACCAAAAGCUCACUACGGCCGACUUCUCGAAUGUGAGCAUCCGCAUGGGCACAACGGUCGCUACCAACGCCUUGCUCGAACGUAAAGGAGAACUUCACGCGCUGUUGAUCACGAAGGGGUUCAAAGAUGCUUUGCGCAUUGGAACCCAGUCUCGACCAAAACUGUUUGCGCUGAACAUCCAACGUCCUGAUGUCUUGUACGAGGACGUUGUUGAAAUUGAUGAACGCGUCACAAUUGAGGACUAUCAGCAGAAUCCCACCCCAAAUAAAGAAGCUCUACAGGGAGCUUUGCAGUCUGAUGCCUGUUUGAAAAGGGGUAUCAGUGGAGAGGUGGUACGUGUCUUGGAACCACUCGACGAGACAAGCACAAGACAGAGUCUUCAGCAACUGUACGACAAAGGCUAUCGCUCUGUUGCAGUCUGUCUGAUUCACUCAUAUACAUUCCAAGAUCAUGAGCUUGCAAUUGAAAGGAUUGCAAAGGAUAUUGGGUUCAGCCAGAUCUCCCUUUCCAGUCAGCUGCUGCCUAUGAUCAAGAUGACGUCCCGCGGUGCUUCGGCUACUGCAGAUGCAUACCUGACUCCUGUCAUCCAGCGCUAUAUUCAAGGCUUCCGUUCUGGUUUCAAAGAUGGACUCAGAUCUGCCGAUACACGCUGCGAAUUCAUGCAAAGUGAUGGUGGUCUUGCCAAUUUCGAAAAAUUCACUGGCCUUCGUGCAAUUUUGUCUGGCCCUGCAGGCGGUGUUGUGGGCUAUGCUGGUACAUCUUUUGAUGAGACAGAUAGAAAACCUGUCAUUGGAUUUGAUAUGGGCGGUACUAGUACAGAUGUUUCGAGAUACGACGGCAAGUUGGAGCACACCUUCGAGAACAACAUUUCUGGUGUGACCGUGAUGGCACCGCAAUUAGAUAUCAAUACUGUUGCCGCCGGGGGUGGAAGUAUUCUCUUCUGGCGCCAUGGGCUGUUUGCCGUUGGACCCGAGUCUGCAAGUGCUCAUCCAGGGCCCGCGUGUUACCGGAAGGGAGGUCCUCUGACGGUGACCGAUGCCAAUCUUUUCCUUGGUCGCCUGCUUCCAGCAUAUUUCCCUAAAAUCUUCGGCCCUAAUGAGAAUGAACCCUUGGAUGUUGACAUUACCCGGCAGAAGUUCACUGAGCUCGCGGCUCAGAUCAACGCCGAGACCGGACAAAGCAAGUCCCCGGAAGAGAUUGCACUGGGCUUCAUUCAGGUGGCCAAUGAGUCCAUGGCAAAGCCUAUUCGCGCCUUAACAGAGGCUCGUGGAUAUGAUACCUCGGCCCAUAACUUGGCCUGCUUUGGUGGUGCCGGUGGACAGCAUGCUUGUGCCAUUGCCUCAUCGCUAUCCAUUGGUACUGUGAUCAUUCAUCAGUUCUCUUCAAUUCUUUCUGCCUAUGGCAUGGCUCUUGCAGAUGUCGUUCAUGAAUCUCAAGAGCCGGCAUCUGGCGUGCUGGACCAAAUAGCGAUGAAAAGUGUCGCUGAACGCAUCUCUGUAUUGAAAAACAAGGUCACUACUGCAUUGACGACCGACGGAAUUGAUGAAAGUCAGAUUCAGCAUGAAGUCUACCUCAAUCUGCGAUAUCAGGGCACUGACAAUUUGUUGAUGGUGCUUGAGCCUGAACAUGGAGACUUUGUGACUGAGUUCAUCAAAGAGCACGAGCGCGAGUUCUCCUUCACAUUCCCUGGUCGCAACAUUCUCGUAGAGGAUAUCCGCGUCCGAGGUGUUGGAAAGUCAACUUCUAUUGCACCAGAGGCUCCUCAGCAAGAGCUCAAAUCGAUCGCUCGGACAUCUGUGGGCGCAGAGAAGCAAGACGAUUCAUGUUCUGUGUACUUUGCCGCGGUCGGUGAAGUUACUACUCCAGUAUUCUUCUUGGAUAAUAUGAAGCCUGGAUACGUUCUUCAGGGCCCCGCAAUGAUUAUCGACAAGACUCAAACUAUUGUCGUCGAGCCAAAUGCCAGUGCCACAAUCUUGUCCAGACAUGUAAUUUUGGAUGUCCAAUCUUCAAAAAAGCAGACUGCUGAGGCGACAGUUGUGGAUCCUAUCAAAUUAUCAAUCUUUGGUCACCGCUUCAUGUCUGUUGCUGAUCAAAUGAGCCGGAUGUUCCAAAAGACAUCUGUGUCUACAAAUAUCAAAGAGCGACUGGACUUUUCCUGUGCUGUGUUUUCGCCCGACGGCAAACUAGUUGCAAAUGCGCCGAAUGUACCGGUUCAUCUGGGAAGUAUGGAGUAUGCUGUACGGUAUCAGCAUGAGCAAUUUGGUGGAAAUCUAAAUCCGGGAGAUCAUAUUCUUACAAACCAUCCUCUUGCCGGAGGAACCCAUCUCCCCGAUAUCACCAUUGUCACUCCAGUCUGGGAUAAAGAAGGCGAAAAUAUUGUCUUCUACGUCGCCUCUCGCGGCCACCACGCUGAGAUUGGCGGUAUCGCACCCGGUUCCAUGCCCUCAGAUAGCAAGAUGCUCUACGAAGAAGGUGCAAUGACAAUGGGCUUCAAGGUAGUAUCACAAGGUCGCUUCGACGAGGACAUAGUCCGAAAGUUCCUAUAUGAUGAGCCAGCUUCAUAUCCCGGCUGCAGCGGCACACGGACAUAUAAUGAUAAUGUGUCGGAUUUGAAGGCUGCCAUUGCAGCAAACCACAAGGGCGCCCAGCUCUUGGAAGCACUGGUUGUCGAGAACACUUUGGAAGUUGUACACUUCUACAUGGACGCAAUCAAGCGCAACGCAGAGGUCGCCGUCCGCGAACUGCUCAAAUCUAUCGGCCGCAAAAACCAGGGCAUUCCUCUUCGAUUCUCCGACUUCAUGGACGAUGGCACGGAAAUUAGACUUGAGAUCCGCAUCGAUUCCGAGACUGGUUCUGCCGACUUCGACUUUACAGGCACUGGUCGGGAAACAUUCAAUUGCCUGAAUGCACCAAAAGCCAUCGCUCACUCAGCCAUCAUUUACAGCUUGCGCGCGCUGAUUGAUGUUGACAUUCCCCUCAAUCAGGGCUGCCUUGCCCCGGUCAAUGUGAUUAUUCCUUCGGGAACACUGCUCAAUCCAUCCGGUCAUGCUGCCGUCUGCGCGGGCAACCCUAUAACCUCACAGCGUAUCACGGAUGUCGUACUAGGUGCAUUCAAGGCCUGUGCUGCCUCUCAUGGCUGUUGCAACAUUAUCUCAUUCGGCAUGGGAGGUGUUGAUCCUAAGACCGGUAUUGAAGUUCCCGGCUUUGGUGUUGGUGAAACGAUCUGCGGUGGCUCAGGCGCAGGGCCGACUUGGAACGGUACUUCUGGUGUACAUGUCCACAUGACAAACACACGCAUCACAGAUGCAGAGGUAUACGAGCUGCGGUACCCGGUCAUCCUACGCAGAUUUGCAAUCCGGGAGGGAUCUGGCGGUCUUGGCCGCUUCCGCGGCGGAGACGGUGUUAUCCGUGAGUUGGAGUUCCGUAUGCCCCUCUCGGUCUCUAUGCUCAGUGAACGGCGCGUAUAUCAUCCAUAUGGCAUGGCAGGAGGUGAAUCUGGACAAGCCGGCUUGAAUCUCUACCUCAAGAAGGAGCUGGAUGGAACAGAGAGAAUGAUCAAUAUUGGCGGCAAGAUGGAACUUGAAGUUCAACCCGGAGAACGGAUUCUGAUUCAUACACCUGGAGGUGGUGGCUGGGGUAAUGCAUCUGACGAAUCGGUGGAGGGUGACAAUGAUGGAUCUCAGAGCUCUCCAAGUUUCCAACCGCGAGGCAGCGUCCAUGCAUUCAGUGUCGCUGCUGAGGCAGCAAUGUGA